GUUUGUGCUGCUGGCAGAAUACUAGUUCAUCUCGCGACCACACUUUGUAGUGGGGACAAUCAUAACCGUCUUGAUUUGGGGUAUUUCCAUUUUUAUUUAGUUUUUACAAGGAAUUGCUUUAUCUUAUUAUUCGUUUGGCUUAUUAUCAAAAAUCUCAAUGAUGGCCUGCUCCGGGUUCACCUGCUCCAAGCACUCCCUCUGUGCGCUCAAUAUCCUUUAUGUUAUAUGAUCAUCCUCUUCAUGGUGUUCAUCGUCCAGUUCUCUGUCUCCAGCGCCUGUCUGGCCAUCAACAAGGAUCAGCAGGAACAACUGUUGGAGGUGGGAUGGAACAACUCUCAUACCACCCAGAGAGACGUAGAGAAGAGUCUCAACUGCUGUGGCUUCUACCACGUAGACAACAACGGGACCUGUGACGCUGCCUGUUUCCCCAACCACUCCUGUUCACCGUGUGCUGAGCAGAUCCAGGCGCAUGCAGGAGAGGUGUUGCGCUUCGUGGGCGGGAUAGGCCUCUUCUUCAGCUUCACUGAGAUCCUGGGGGUGUGGCUAACGUAUCAAUACAGGAACCAGAAAGACCCUCGAGCCAAUCCCAGUGCCUUCCUGUAACUGCUGGCAACUGCUGGCUCUGCGCCCUUCCCCCCUCACCCCACACCCUGGAAGUGGCUAACCCUCCUCCUGGAGAGCUACUGGAUGUGCAGGCUUUUUCUCCAGCCCUACUCUAACUAACACUAACACAGCUGAUUCUAAACAAAUUAGUUGCUCAUCGGGACUAUUUUCAGCUAAAUCGGUUGUGUUAGUUAAAGUGGGACCGAAGCAAAAGCCUGCAGUAGCUCUCCUGGUGGAGGUGGGUUUGCCGCCUGUUUUAGGGACUGUGUUUGUAAAUAAGCGAGUGGCUUGUG